AUGGUAUUCGAAUGGGGCCCAGAAGGCAUAUGUCGCGGUCUCCAUUUGACAACCGUGGCCCAUUACGAGCUCGAUCACCUAUCUCAAGAAGAUCUCCACCAGCAGGACCAAGGGGAGGUGGAUGGCGACCAAGGUCUCGUAGCCCACCGCGCCGUGACGACCGCGUCGCAGUUGGCCAGAUGUCGCUCACUUGGAGACGACCGCGAUCGCCAUCACCUUCGGGAGACAGAUCUUCAAGGAGAAACUCUGAACACAGCACACGGCGCCCAUCACCAAGACCUAGCUACCGCCCAGCGCCACCUGUGGAUGACCUUCAGACUAUGCGUUCACCCUUUCCACGAGACAGGUCUCCGCGCCGGGACUCCACGCGAUCUACGCCACGGGAACGAUCGCCAGCUCGCGCAGCCUGCUUCAGUUAGGGGUUCGCUCGCCUCGGUUUCUACUUCGGAGUGA